AUGGCAACCACCACUACACUCGCAGAAGUGAGCUUCUCCACCCCAAGGGCGGUGUUGUCAAAAGCAACAGAGGCACUGAUGACAUUUCAGUCACUCAACAUCCCCACCUGGAGAAGCUACUCUUCCAUUAGCCGCUGCAUGACCUUGGUAAGGCCAGUAAGCGCAGCACCGGUUAAACUGUCGGAAAAGGUGGCGGAAAGCAUCAAGAUCGUCGAAGAGAAGUGCUCAGACGACCCGGAAAACGGGGAGUGCGUAGUGGCGUGGGACAAGGUGGAGGAGCUGAGCGCUGCCGCCAGCCACAAACGUGCCAACGAGGAAAGUUCCGACCCCUUAGAGACAUUAUGUAAGGAUAACCCUGAAACCGACGAGUGUCGUACUUACAACAACUAA